GGAUGUUUCUGAUCUUACCGGAUUUCCAGAAAUGUUAGGCGGGCGUGUGAAGACCCUCCAUCCUGCAGUCCACGCUGGCAUCCUGGCUCGUGACAUUCCCCAAGAUGCUGCCGACAUGGAGAAAAUGGAUUUCAGCCUCGUGAGAGUUGUGGUUUGCAACCUCUACCCCUUUGUCAAGACCGUGGAGUCCCCAAAUGUAACCGUCCAAGAAGCAGUCGAACAGAUUGACAUAGGCGGCGUGGCUUUACUGAGAGCCGCUGCGAAGAACCACGCCCGGGUGACUGUGGUGUGUGACCCUGGGGACUACGCCGUGGUAGCGAAGGAAAUGAAGGCAUCGAGUAAUAAAGACACCACGCUGGAGACCCGCCGCCAGUUGGCACUCAAGGCUUUCACUCACACGGCUCAGUAUGACGCGGCCAUCUCUGACUACUUCCGGAAAGAGUACAGCAAAGGAGUCUCCCAGCUUCCCCUGCGGUAUGGCAUGAACCCGCACCAGACUCCCGCGCAGCUCUACACAUUGAGGCCUCAACUUCCCCUUUCAGUGCUGAAUGGCUCUCCGGGGUUCAUCAACCUGUGCGAUGCCCUGAAUGCCUGGCAGCUGGUCCGAGAACUCAAGCAGGCCUUGGGCAUCCCAGCCGCAACCUCGUUCAAACACGUCAGCCCGGCAGGUGCGGCUGUCGGAGUUCCCCUCAGUGAAGAAGAGGCCCACGUCUGCAUGGUGCAUGACUUGCUCCAGAGCCUGACCCCCUUGGCAGCUGCCUACGCACGGGCCAGAGGUGCUGAUCGGAUGUCAUCUUUCGGUGACUUCAUUGCUCUCUCUGAUAUCUGUGAUGUCCCCACAGCAAAGAUCAUUUCCAGAGAGGUAUCAGACGGAGUGGUGGCCCCGGGGUAUGAGGAAGAAGCCCUCAAAAUCCUAUCCAAAAAGAAGAACGGGGGCUACUGUGUACUCCAGAUGGACCCCGCUUACGAGCCGGAGGAGAACGAGAUCCGCACCCUCUUUGGAUUGCAUCUGAUGCAAAGGAGGAACGAUGGUGUGAUCGAUCGGGCACUGUUCAAGAACAUCGUUACCAAAAAUAAGAAUCUGCCUGAACCGGCUAUCCGGGACCUGAUUGUGGCCAGCAUCGCUGUCAAAUACACACAGUCGAACUCUGUGUGUUAUGCCAAGGAUGGGCAGGUGAUCGGCAUUGGGGCCGGGCAGCAGUCGCGCAUCCACUGCACCCGCCUGGCCGGAGACAAGGCCAACCACUGGUGGCUGCGGCAUCAUCCCCGGGUACUGGCCAUGAAGUUCAGAAGCGGAGUGAAAAGAGCAGAGAUCUCCAACGCCAUUGACCAGUACGUCACGGGGACCAUCGGCGAGGGUGAGGAUCUGCUCAAGUGGCAGGCUCUGUUUGAGGAGGUCCCCGCUCUGUUCACUGAGGAAGAGAAGAAGUCGUGGAUCGCCAAGCUGCAGGGCGUCUCGAUCAGCUCGGAUGCGUUCUUUCCUUUCAGGGAUAACGUGGACAGGGCGAAACGGAGCGGCGUCCAGUUCAUCGUGGCCCCUUCUGGUUCGGCCGCUGACCAAGUUGUGAUUGAAGCUUGCAAUGAGCUGGGGAUCACGCUGGUUCACACCAACCUCCGCCUCUUCCAUCACUGAUGUGCCCCGGAGAUGUG